AUGCAUUUUGAACUUAAAUUUGUAGUAUGUGGUCUAGGUAUAUUUGUAUGUUAUUUUUAUUAUGGACUUCUACAAGAACAAGUUACAAGAGGAAAGUACUCUGCUGAAGUUACUUCUGAAAAUGGCGAGAAAACUGUAAUAAGUGAACGUUAUACUUAUGCAUUAACUUUGGUAUUUAUUCAAUGCUUUGUAAAUUAUUUGUUUGCUCGGGGGGUACUUUUUGUGCGACCAACUGAAGAAGAUAAGACAGCAAAAGUUUAUUAUGCCAGUGUGGCUCUCACAUACUUGUUAGCAAUGGUAUGCUCCAAUAUGGCUCUUCAAUGGGUAGCAUAUCCGACCCAAGUGGUUGGAAAAGCUGCCAAACCUAUUCCUGUCUUAAUUCUUGGAGUUUUAUUGGGGAGGAAAAGUUAUCCUUUCAGAAAGUAUUUAUUUACUUUUAUGAUAGUACUAGGUGUAAUCCUUUUUAUGUAUAAGAAUAAGAAUAGUGGCUCUGCACUUGAUGGGGGGUUUGGUUUAGGUGAAAUAUUAAUAUUACUUUCCUUGACAAUGGAUGGACUGAUUGGAGCUAUACAAGAGAGAAUGCGUGCUGGAUCUAAUCCAAAGCCAGAACAAAUGAUGCGAGGUAUGAAUGCAUGGUCCUGCAUUUAUUUGAUUCCUGCUAUGAUUUGGUCUGGAGAAAUAACAAAAUUUAUUCAGUUUGUUUCAACUCACCCUGAGGUUUUAAAACAUAUAACAUUAUUAGCUAUUGCUGGUGGAACUGGACAGUUGUUUAUAUUUUCUACUGUAAGUAUAUUUUUAGUAGUUAGACUAUUGUUUCAUUAAUCAAUUAUAAAUAAAGACUAAUUAGGACAAAAGGAGACUGUGAUGAGUAAAAU